GAGCCCGGUGUGUUUGUGCACGCCCCCGCAGACACGUUGCCUGGGGAGCAGUAACACGGGCGUCUCAGUCGCAGCUCCGCAUCACGGAAAAGCACGAAGCUCGUCGACGGGCUGCUCACCGUGUCCGGGACUUACCUCUGAAACAAAGGAACACGCACCGAUCCCUUACAUCCUGAAAAAAAGGCCAGUAAUGAAGCGGCCGAGGAUGUCGGCAUCAGAUUCGGACUAUUCCAUUGACUGGCUGGCAAGUGAUGAUGAAGAGCACAACAACAGCGAGCUGGAGACUAAAUAUGAUCAAGAAGAGGACACAAUGCCCACCACUCCUGCAGCUCAGAACAGCUAUGGGCCUCAAACUUGCAGGAAAAGCAGUGACCACUCGGUGAAGGUUAAGGAGGACAGAAGCUGCAGGAGCAGUCCCCCCUCCAGCCCAACCAGUUCUUUCAGCAGUGGAGACAGAGACCCUUCACUAUUGGGACAGGAAGACAUGUCUGACCACAUCUGCACCCCAGGAAGCCCUAAAGGCAAAAGCAGACAGGCGCAGAAAAGAUCACGCUGCCUGCCAGUGCCGAAGCAAAAUGAAAAGCAGCUCACAGCAAGCCCAACAGAGAAGGACAAGCUGUUUGCAUGCAAGUGCAUGGAGUUGCAGUGCUAUAUUCACCCACUCUCCUCAAUCCUGAAUGGCCUCCGUUCUGGCAGAUACAGAGAACGACUCAGCACUUUCCAGGAGAGUGUAGCCAUGGAUCGAAUCCAGAGAAUAAUGGGGGUCCUACAGAAUCCUUGCAUGGGUGAGCGCUAUAUUGACAUCAUCCUGAAAAUGGAGGAAAUGUUGAAGACCUGGUUUCCAAACAUAAAACCCAACUACCAAACCACUGCUGUGGAGCUGACACAAGAGACCACACUGCUGAAAAAACCCAAGUUGUCCUCGCCUCCAGUCCCCAUUUCUGUUGGUCUCUUCAACUCUGGCAGCACUAGUGCUUUUCCUGUGGCUGUUAAGGCCAUGCGGGGCAGUGACCACCUCCUUCCAGCACCGUACUCUGCCACCAAUCUGAAAUGGCUCCACACAUCUCCCAUCUGCUCACCCACUGCUGAGCAGGGUCAGCGCACAGUCCGGAACUUGCUAACAGCACAUAGGGAUGAAGAUGCAACACAAGACAACUCAGUUUCCUCCACCAUAGACACCCCUGAACUUAACAUGGACUCUGUGCCAUGUCAGCCGCCUCUAGGAAAGAUCAGCGCCCCAUGCCUGGAGAGACUACUGAAAUCCACAGAGAGCAUCAUCAACCACAAAUCCUCCAGGGGGACAAGCAAUAUGGGCUCUGGCACUUUGUCCUAGUCCACAGAAACUAGGCUUUGGAUAAUCGGAGCCUAAACCGCAGGCACUCAUUAUCUCAUGCCAGUGCACUCGAGCGCACCCCAGUGCAAGCCCCCUGCUCCAUUUCAGCCUUCAGGGGACACAGAGCAUAGACUGACACAGACCUCACAUAUACAUGCAUCAGCGUGUCACUGGUGUAGCAGUGCGUCCUCAUCUAACUUGGCUUUGCCAGCUUUGAUUUCUCUCGGGUGUAUUGCAGUUUGUGUCUCAGAGAUGCCUGGUGAGACCGAGGACUAGUGGAUUGAUGUGUAGAGGCGGCAUAUUGGUAUCUGUGAAUAAGGAAAACAUUACUUCAGAAAGGGAUGGGAAAAGCAGGAGUAAUGCAUUUCUAGGGAACACUUCAGAUAUUCCAACAUGUCAGUGAUCAGUCAGUUGUAGAUAAAAUGUGGGAUGAAUGUGAAUUUCUUUUUUUUUUUUUCAUCCGCUCCACUCGAGCCGGUUGAUGUGACUGUUACUUCAUAGGUAUAAACUUAAAGCUAAGAUUUGGGUACAACGGGUCUACCUCAUUCUGACACCAUGUCAAUGGUUGUGCAUGGAACGAAUAAGAACUAACGUUCACUGACAUAGAAUCAGAAAGAGGGAGCCUGCUAAGAUCAAAGCGAGCCAAAUUUGCCUGUAGUACCAGGGUCUUGGAUAUGAGCCUGACUGGUGCCAAUGUAUAGAAUGUGAACUGCAUUUUUUUUUUUUUGUUCUGUCAUUCAAUGAGCGUCUCCAAGUUUGAGGGCAUCCAGUGCCUGUUUAAUUUGAUGUCAAGCUGUGCCUGUACACUGGUUUUGAAGUGAAAUGAGAACACCUGGAAUACCUGCAACCUCUGAACGUUGGACUAGAAUGAAUCAGCCAGGAACCUUCAGAACCCUUGGCAUCAGAUACAUGGCUAAAAUGUGUGCAGUCUCUGAGGUCAAGUGGGACGAUGACAUUUCUGUUUGAUGGAUUAUAGACUGAGGGGCAGGUAUUCAAAUUUUGUGUAAAACAUUUGAGGUUGUUAUUAUACCCUUGAAAAGUGGCCUUUACAGUGUGAUAUUUUAUACUUUCAAAAUAAAUGUGGUUAUAUUUGUUUGGUGUA